AUGCUUGUGUUGACAAACAUUCAGGNNGCUGCAGAACUUCUCAAUGCCUUCCCAGACUCAGAUCAUGACCUCGACUCUGCCUACGACACAGAACCAAACUCUCCGAACGGCGAAGACAAAUCAUGGUCCAAUUUCCAAUUCUCACAAGACUUGCACGAAGCCCGACUAGAACGCAGAGAGUACCCCAAGUUUCUCAUGGCCAAAUCUNUUUUCGAUUGUCGUGAAUUCGAUCGUUGCGCCGCUACUCUAAUACCCAGUCUUGUCCCACAACAACCAGUUACUAGAGAUGCGGCCAAUGCUGCCACCAAACCCAAACAAAAGCCAACGAAUCAUCUAUCAGGCCUACCACCGCUCAGUCAACGCUCUCUUUUUCUUGCUCUGUAUGCAAAAUACAUGGCUGGCGAGAAACGCAAGGAAGAAGACAGUGAGAUGAUUCUAGGUCCUACCGAUGGUUCUGUCACUCUGAACAAGGAGCUCAUCAGGAUAUCCAGCAUCCUCGAUGAAUACCUGAGCGCUCGAGGAGGCCUCUCAAGUACACACGAGUCACAAGGUUUCUUGGAGUAUCUCUAUGGAGUUGUCUUGCUGAAAGGCAAGAAUGAGACACUUGCAAAGGCAUGGCUUCUCAAAAGCGUCAACCAUUGUCCCUGGAAUUGGGGAGCAUGGCAAGAACUUGCAGAUCUGUUGAGCUCGGCCGAGGAGUCGACAGAAAAGGUCUACAACGAGAUCAAUCAAAUCAGCAGCAUCUUUCCCAACUCGGCCUUCUUGCAGACUCAGCAGUUUGAGGAGGCCGAUGGGCUGUUCGCCGACCUUCUUCUGCGGCAUCCUUACCGACUCGACUCGAUGGACUCGUAUUCAAACAUUCUCUACGUAAUGCCGUCGAGACCGAAGUUAGCACAUCUCGCGUCGGUCGCGUCAGCCAUCGACAAGUUCCGUCCCGAAACGUGCUGCAUUAUCGGAAAUUACUACUCUCAAAGCUCAGAGCACGAAAAGGCAGUCAUGUAUUUCAGACGGGCUCUCACUCUUGAUCGGCAGUUUCUGUCAGCGUGGACUCUGAUGGGCCAUGAAUACAUUGAGCUCAAGAAUACCCAAGCAGCCAUUGAAAGUUAUAGGCGAGCCGUUGACGCCAACAGAAAGGAUUACCGAGCGUGGUACGGCCUGGGUCAGGGCUAUGAACUCUUGGACAUGCAUUCGUAUGCUCUGUUCUACUUUCAGCGCGCGGUCGCUCUACAACCUUGGGACCCGAAGAUGUGGAUGGCAGUGGCAAACUCAUUCGCCAACUGUGGCAGAUUACAGAAUGCGAUACGGUCAUACAAGAGGGCGUUGGUUGCUGGAAGCUAUCUUGACAACGGUGGUGGCACAGUCAGCUUUGCAUCUUCAGCAGACCCGCUCGCUGGAGCAGUUGGAGGCGCACUGGACCCCGAGAUCCUCUAUCAGAUCGCCCUCCUUUACGAGCAGGACAAUAACAUGGACGAGGCAUCGGCAUACAUGGAACUCACGUUGGCGCAAGAAGAAGGUCCAGACGAGGACGACUUGCCACCAGGGGCGCCACUAUCCAGCGCUGGAGGAGGUAUUGGAAUCACGCAGACAACAAGCAAAGCAAGAUUAUGGCUGGCCAAGUGGAGCUUUGUCAAGCAGGAUUGGCAGCGUGCGUCGGAACUGGCAAACGAACUGUGUCAAGAUGGGGUCGAAGUGGAGGAAGCCAAAGCGCUCGUCAGGGAUGUGAGAGCUAGAUUGGAGGCCGAUGGUCAUGUAGGUGGAUGA